GUGUGUUAAGAGUUGAGUGAGAGCUGUGCAGUGAGUGGUAGGCAUGAGUCAUCCCUGCUGUAGCUUCUUUCCGUGAGACCUAGGCAAACACGCACGCAGUUAUAUAGAUCAGGACAACAGCUGAUUGAACUGAAAUGGGGCCGCCAGUAUAUAAUCCAGGCCAGCCGAGCAUGACCCCAAUCCCUGGAGGGUUUGCUCCCGGCAAGAUUCUCCACGUCACAGGCACCUUCACUCCCACUGCCAACAGCUUCAUUAUGAAACUUCAAUCAGGACAAGUUGGGGACCCAACUGAUGAGAUUGGCUUGUGUAUCUAUGGGCGGGUGGCUGAGGGUGUGAUUGGCCGCAACGCCUUCACCCGGGCUGCUGGCUGGGGGCAGGAGGAGGCCACCAGCUCUCCCGCCUUCGCUCGUGGCCAGAACUUUGACAUCACGAUCCUGUGUGACCCGGCACAGUUCAAGAUUGCUCUCAACCAGAACCACUUUGCUGAGUUUAACCAUCGCACCAACCCUGCCAGCCUCAACUUCCUCAACAUCACCAGCACCAGCCAGGAUGUCACCGUUGCCUGCAUUUGGAUUGAGGACGGGCCAGGUGCACCUCAGACCCAAGCAGGCUUUGCCCCAUCCCCUAUCUCUGGCUUUGAACCCCCGCCGCCAUACUCUGGGGGUCCCGGAUUUGCCCCGGCAUAUCCCAGUGCCCAGUCAUACCAGCAGGUUCCCCCAAACUACCAGCAGCCGGUGCCACCACAGCCGUACAUGCCACCCGGAGCCCCAUCACCGCAGUAUGGUCAAGCGGCUCCCUAUGGCCACUCCAGCAGCGGUAUGGGAGGGAAAGGCCUGCUGGGGGUGGUGGCAGGAGCAGGAACAGCGGUGGCAGGGGCCUUGGGGGCAUCACACCUGCUGGGGAAAAAGUCCCACAAGUAUUCAGGCUACCCCAGCUCAGGGGGCUACCCUGGCAUGGGGGGCUAUCCUGGCAUGGGGGGCUACCAUGGUCAUCAUAAAGGGGGUGGAGGCAUGAUAAACAAGGUGAUGGGUCUGGCAGGGCCAACAGCUGGUGCUGCCAUGCUGGCCAAAGGCAAACCAAGCAAGGCCAUGAAGUACGGGGUGCCACUGGCUGCCAUGGGUGCCGGGGGUUAUGUGCUGCACAAGGGCAUGAGGCAUGGCUUCCAUGGUGGCCACAGCUCCAGCUCAGGGUCUGGCUCCAGUGAAGAGGAGUGAACAACCUUGUGUAAGUUGCUGCUGUCAAAGGGUAGCAUGCUGCCUCCAGCAGGCACUGCCCAGGUAAUGAUUUAGUUUUAAUAAUACCAAUGAUACCAAUAAUAAUAACUUUUAUACUAAUGUGUUCAUAAAUAAUAUAUAUUUUAAUCACAUGUAAUAUUUAUAACAUAUAGAUAUGCACAUAUAUAUAUAUAUAUAUAUAUAUAUAUAUAUAUAUAUAUAUAUAUAUAUAUAUAUAUAUAUAUAUAUAUAUAUAUAUAUAUAUAUAUAUAUAUAUAUAUAUAUAUUGUAUCCACAUGAGCUGCAAACCCUUUUUGUGUGAUGCACACUGGAAGGGUUGCUGGUGGUGGUGCAGGACUCCUGGUGCUGGUGUCUGGUGUGUGCUACUUAAUGGGUGAGGGUGAGGCAGUGCAUGUGUGUGUGUGUGUGUGUGUGUGGACACAGAACAAAUGCUUUAUAUGACCUAAGAAUAUCCAAAGCAGGCUCUUAUUUUGAAGUAGGAAACAAGUUCAGGAAGACUAGAAUAUUAUAUAUGAGUUUGAAGGAUGUAAUUUACUAUAAGCUGUAGAAACUAAAUAACCUAUCAUAAUCUCGUGCCUUGUUUAGUGUCAAUAUUGAGGUUAUUGUGGUGCUGUGUGCAAACUUGCUUGUGUGCUAAAGUCUUGCCUCAAACGUGGUGGAUCUUUUGACGGAUUCACUCUGUGAGUGUUAUUUUUCUAUUUUUGAUAACAGAAUAUAGGAAAUAUUUUGCUAGUCCACAGUACCCUUGAAAUGGGUGUAUAUAUCAAAGAGUUGAUUUUAUAAUACAUAAACAUAUAUUUAUUAGUAUUUAUGAAAAAAAAAAUUAUGGCACAUUCUGUUACAUGUAUUGAUAUAUUCAGUAUAGAUAUAGUGCAAUCUGCAUUUGAUACCUUGAUUUAGUUUUAUUAAUCUUGUAUUGGAUAGGCUCUUGCCUGCCUGAAGCCUGAGUUAUGUUUUCUUCAGCAAGAGAGGGAGAGAGAAAAAUAUUGGUUGUAACUUCACUUUGAGAUGUAAUUUUUAAAGUAUUUUUUAUUGUGCAAGACAUUCCAAUGUGUUAACAAAUUGAAAGUAUUCAUAAAAAGAAUAUAUACCUACAAUGUCCAUGUUAGAUCAAAGGUUUUAAUCUAGUGUUAUUUAAGUAAAGCUUUUGUUCAGAAGCUCAAAUGUGUUGUGCGGCAUCACUACUUGAUGAAACAGAAGCUCAAAUGUGUUGCUGCGUGGUGUCUCUACACAUUAGAGUAUAGUGCUAGUCAUCUUGUGUCUUCCUGAAUGGUGAUAACAUGAGCUUCCACACUCCCCAGUCAAACAGGCUUACCUUCUCAUGCCAGCCUGAACCUUCCUGCUUUCCCUCUGCAGACAGAUGGUAGGUCCUUAGCAUAGUUCUGCAUGAAAUUUAUUUCUCAGUUUCAAAUGUAAUACAAUAUUUGUGAAUGCAAUAACUUAUUUAUGUGAUACAGGAUGUGAUCAGUCAGCUCCAGGUAGUGCAUGGCUGGGUGAGGCAAACACACUUCAUGUUACUUGUUCUCUAAGUACAGUAUUAUGUACCACACACAGCCUGAUGGACACAGGCUGGAAGCAUUAUGCAACAGUGGUAAACUCUGGAACUCCUUGCCUGCUUCUGUAUUUCCUCCUUCCUAUGACUUGAACUCUUUCAAGAGGGAGAUUUCAAGACACUUAUCCUCCAAUUUUGGUUGAUCCUUUUGAUCUUUCUUUUAAGACUGGUAACUCAGUGGGCCCUGUUUUUGUUCUUUUUGUUGUCCUUGGCCAGUGGCUCUCUUACAUAAAAAAAAAAAAAGAGAGAGAGAGAGAGAGCAUGAGAUGGUCAGUUGUCAUUUAUGGCAUCUAUGGCAUGACAUAAUUCCUAGUUUGUGUGGACACCUGUGAGACUUGUUGUGGGUAGUGAUGAUGCAGGUAAUUCUGGUCUGAAGUGAUAGCCAUUGUGAAAGUCAAUGAAUUUGUGUCUGGAACAAUGAGUUAUCUGUGCUGUGGUUAUUGUUGUUCCAGUGUUUCCCAGCUAUCCUCUUGUGAGGCAGAAACCUAUCAUGGCCAGUCCCUUGAGAGUGGUUCUAUAGGCACCAGAUUUACAUAGAUCAAUAGAAAGUUGGCACAACAGUAUGGUGUAGCUUUACUAAACAAAAGAUUUUCAUUCACCAGCUCCCUUCCUUUAGCUGACUGUUUUGAAAUCUCAUACAUUGUGUUACUGUGUUGCAUCUUUUAUUAUCUUCAACCAUUAUUUCCAUAGCUGCUACUAUAGUAAUUUUGCCAACAGCACGCCACCCUUCCCUUCUUGUUGCAUGAGGCAAGACUUCCUACGUAUUGUUAUAUCCAUUCUGUCUACUUUAGUAAUGUAAGAUCAACCUGUAUCUUCAUUCUUUCAUACCUUUCACUGCUAAACUGUGGAACUCCAUACCUGUUUCUAUUUCCCUCCUUUCCUAUGAUUUGAACCAUUUUUGAAGAAUAUCUAGACACUUCCAGAAGUAAAUUGACCAACCAAUUUUAAACUCUUUGAAUUCAAUUUUUUUGAGGGAGUGGCAGUUGAGUUCUUUUCUUUCCUUUCUUUCUCUAGUUUGUGCUCUCAGCCAGCUUCCUUUACAUGAAAAAUAAGAAAGAAAGAAAAAAAAAAGUAGCCCAUCACUACCUGCUUUCCCAGCAUGCUAAGUUUUAUGUAGUUUGCUCAGUUCACACCUGGAUGGUAGACUUUGCAAGAUUAUUUCUCCACAAAACACUUAGUUUGUCAUCAUAUAUGUAUGUGUAUAAUAAAAUAUGUACUCUAUGCACUUUGUAUGUCAUGGAGUGUUGCAGAUAAAUGUUGUUUGUGACACUUCAUUUCUUUCUCAACUUUCUCCUGUGAAGUGACAAUCAUAGAAUAAGCUUCCACCAGUGACCUGUCAUACCCCUCUCCAUCCUUCACAUUCACUCAUACCUGUCACACUCACCUACAGGUGGCAAUGAAGAUUCAGACAGUCAUCCACAGUGUUCCAAAAAGUCAAAUACAAGCUGACCAUUUUAAGUGUCAUUCUUUUGUUUGGCAUGGUUUAGGUUUUCUUGAUUCUGGCAUGAUACUUAGCAUAUGAAAUCUUUUAGUAGUUGUUUAGUUAUAUCACAUUUUUAGAACUGUGGCUUGAAUUUAGAUUUGACUUUAUGGGCAAGAACUUAUACUAGAAUCUCAGGCAUGCCAAGUUCAGGGAGGCAGUAUGUGUUUUAAGCACAAACAUUCAGUAAAAGUUUUGUUGUAGCAUCACCUCCCAAGCAUGCUCAGACACAAGUACAGAUAAGAAUAAACCUGAAAACUUC